AUGAAGAGAACAGACAACCACAUCAUCGACCCGUACACUUCGGCAGCCCGAUAUCACCACCAGUUCGUCAUGAUCCAUCCCUUCUUAGAUGGGAAUGGUCGCGUAGCACGGAUCUUGCUCAACACACUGCUGCUCAAGCACGCUGGUCACUUGGUAGCCUUUGGUCUCGAUGAGCAUGAAAAGGCCGAAUAUCUCGAUCGCGUACGGCAAAACGCGAAGAUGUUCCAUCAAGAGGACAUGGUCGUGGGAUUUCCGUAUCAAAAGUUUCGCGUCGAGUUUUCUGGGCUUGUUUUACGCAAGUCGAUUAUGGGCCUUACAGAGAUGCUACGGUGUAUACAAGAGUAG